AUGUCCGACUACUCCCAAUACCACGCCCUCGGCCAAGGCGUAGGCGCCGACCCCAACGAUCGCAAUCGAAACAACGCAUACGCCCAAUCGCCAUCCCAUGCCCCGGGAGCAGCUCCCUAUGGUGGUGCGUCCCAGCAACCAUCCAUGGGCGGGCAGCCACCGCCGGGCUUUGGUCACCCACAAGGCCAAAGCUUUCACGCCCAUCCUCCCUCGCAGCCAGACGACGCUUCCCUCGCAGCGCAAAUGGGGGGGAUGAACCUGGGUCCCGCCGACGGCCAGGGAACAAUACGCAAGAAGAAGAAGGAUCGCCAUGCCUAUCACACAGUCGAGCCAACGGGCUCGUCCCAGGCUUUCAACGGCAUGCCGCCUACCGGCCUCCAGGGCAUUCCUGGCAUCAUGAACCCAAACCAGUUCCCGGCUCCGGCCGGCACACCCUUUAGCCCCGCUAACGCGAUGGCUCCCGCUGGUUUCGUGGCCGGCAAUGGUUCUGCCGACGCGGCUGCGACCAUUGCGCCCACGGGCGCCUCCAAGAUAUCCCUCGACGACAUGCCCAGCGUGCCCGUAUCGCGAGACUCGGCUCAGCAGCACUUCCUCAAGAACGUGUAUCCUACAUUUGAACGUCACGUCCCGCCUCCCACGACCAUCUCCUUUGUGGCGUACGACCAAGGCAACGCCUCGCCCAAGUUUGCUCGCCUUACGAUGAACAACAUUCCCGCCACACCCGACGGCCUACAGGCCACGGGCCUUCCCCUUGGUCUGCUCCUACAACCCCUUGCACCUGUUCAAGCAGGAGAAGCGGCCAUUCCUGUUCUAGACUUUGGAGACACCGGGCCGCCACGAUGCCGCAGAUGCCGCGCCUAUAUCAACCCCUUUAUGAUGUUUCGAUCAGGAGGCAACAAGUUUGUUUGCAACCUCUGUACUCAUCCCAACGACACCUCGCCCGAGUAUUUCUGUGCCACGAGCCCGCAGGGUGUGCGGGUGGAUCGCGAUCAGCGGCCGGAGCUUCACCGUGGCACCGUGGAGUUUGUGGUGCCAAAAGAGUACUGGACAAGAGAGCCGGUUGGCUUACGCUGGCUCUUUGUCAUCGACGCGACACAGGAGUCAUAUAACAAGGGCUUCAUGGAGACAUUCUGCGAUGGCAUCCUGAACGCUCUUUACGGGGGCGAGGCCGACGUCGGUGGCGAGCCGAAGCCAAGGCUACCCGAAGGCGCCAAGGUUGGAUUCAUGACAUAUGACAAGGAUAUUCAUUUCUACAAUAUCAACCCCCGAUUGGAACAGGCUCAGAUGAUGAUAAUGCCUGAUCUGGAGGACCCCUUCGUGCCACUGGGCGAGGGCUUAUUCGUUGAUCCGUACGAGUCCAAGGCGCUCAUCUCCUCUCUGCUAACUCGUCUGCCCGAGAUGUUCUCGGACAUCAAGAACCCGGAGCCGGCCCUGCUCGCGGGCCUGAACUCGGCCCUGGCAGCCCUGGAGAAGACGGGAGGCAAGAUUGUCUGCUCAUGCUCUGCGCUGCCUACAUGGGGCCCUGGACGACUUUUCAUGCGGGACGAUGGCAAUCAUCCCGGCGGCGAGAUGGACAAGAAGCUGUACACGACUGAGCACCCGGCGUGGAAGAAGGUUGCCGAGAAGAUGGCGGCAUCUGGUGUUGGUACUGACUUCUUCCUCGCGGCUCCAUCUGGGGGCUACCUUGACGUUGCCACCAUCGGACAUGUUGCUGCCACGACGGGCGGCGAGACCUUUUACUACCCGAAUUUCAUUGCCCCACGAGACAGCCCCAAACUGUCUGCAGAGAUUGCGCACACCGUCACGCGAGAAACCGGCUUCCAAGCUUUGAUGAAGGUCCGAUGCUCCAACGGCCUGCAGGUUGGCGCGUACCACGGCAACUUUGUGCAGCAUACCUUUGGCGCCGACUUGGAAAUAGGAGUCAUCGACGCGGACAAGGCGCUUGCGGUGUCGUUCAGCUACGAUGGCAAGCUCGACUCCAAGCUGGAUGCCCAUUUCCAGUCGGCCCUCCUCUACACAACGGCCUCUGGCCAGCGUAGAGUGCGAUGCUGCAACGUGAUUGCUAGUGUCAGCGAGACGUCAAAGGAAGCUAGCAUGAGAGAUCAGAGCAUCCGCGGCUGCAUGAAAUUCGUCGACCAAGAUGCGGUCGUCGCCCUGCUGGCCAAGGAAGCCAGCACGAAGCUCGCAACGACGUCGAGUAACCUCAAGGACGUCCGAAACUGGCUCAGCGAACGAACAAUCGACGUCAUGGCCUGCUACCGGAAACACUCGGCCCAGCAACACCCCGCUGGCCAGCUGGUCAUGCCCGAGCGGCUGAAGGAGUUCUGCAUGUACAUCCUGUGUCUCAUCAAGUCGCGGGCUUUCAAGGGCGGCAUUGAGAACUCGGACCGGAGAGUCCAAGAGAUGCGAAUGGUGCGCUCCAUGGGCUCCACUGAGCUGAGCCUGUACCUGUAUCCUCGUAUCAUCCCCAUCCACAACCUUCAGCCCGAUGAAGGUUUCGCCGACGCCGAAACAGGGCAUCUGAAGAUGCCGCCGUCGGUCCGCGCAUCGUUUGGCCGCGUGGAGCCUGGCGGUGUCUACCUCGUGGAGAACGGACAACAGUGCCUGCUCUGGUUCCACGAGCAAACGUCGCCAAACCUUGUCACGGACCUCUUUGGCGAGGGGAAGGACUCGCUCACGAGCCUGGACGCGUACACAUCAUCCCUGCCCGUGUUGGAGACGCACCUGAACUGCCAGGUCCGCAAUAUCAUCGAGUUCCUCAAGACGAUGAGGGGGUCCAAGGGCUUGACGAUACAGCUCGCACGGCGUGGGAUUGACGGCGCCGAGUACGAAUUCGCACGGAUGUUGGUCGAGGACCGGAACAACGAGGCGCAGAGUUAUGUUGACUGGCUGGUUCACGUGCACAAGGGUGUGCAGCUGGAGUUGAGCGGACAGCGCAAAAAAGAAGCUGAGAGCGAGGCGGCGCAGACGUUGGCUAACUUUACGGGGCUGAGACCGGCGUACUGGUAG